AUGACGAUAAAAUCAAUUCGACGGUUAUCAACAAAACCAGUAGUUGAUAAAUUAUUUAACGUUGUACAAUCAUCAUCGUGCAAUGAAAGACAAACACAACUAAAUCAUUUGCUUGAUACUUAUGCACAGCAAGGAAAAGCAAUUUCCCACAAUCUUAUUAAUGAUGUUCUGCAACGUUGGGCUGUUGAACAACCAAAAAGAGAAGCAUUAUGGAUGUGUGAAAGUGAAGGUGAUGAAAGUCAAAAAUUAACAUUUGAUGAUAUACAUAAACAAUCAUGUCGCUUGGCUAAUACGUUCACUAAUAGAGAAUAUAAUUUAACACCAGGUCAAACUGUACUUGUUAUUUUACCCAAUAAUGCUAAAGAACGAGUUUUAUUAUUAUUAGCAUGUCUUCAAGCUGGUUUGAUUUAUUGUCCAUAUGAUCCAAAAUAUUUAACGGAUAUUGGAAUUUCUGAGAGAGUUCGAAAAUUAUCUGUUAAUUGUGUUAUUACUGAUGAGGAUCAUUUAGAAAUAGUACAACAAUCUACAGGUACCCCGUUACGACCAUUAAAAAAAGGUCUUAUUAUGAAACCUUCAACAGCUAAAUUGUCACCAGUUAGUUGGAAUCAUUUAAUACAACAAGUUAAUAAUGCUGAGAGUAAAUAUACAAAAUUCGUAAAUAUGAAUCAUAAUACACCUGUUAUUCGUUUACUAUCAAAUAACAAUAAUAAUGGUAUUGAAUAUUGUCACGGAACUUUAAAUCUUCAUUUAAUAUUAACAGCUCUAUGGUUAAAUAGUAAUAAAACACCUCGUUUAAUAUGGAUGAAUGAUCAAAAUGAAAUAAUGACAAUUGCUUCUUGGUUAUUUGGUUCAUCAAUAUUUUAUAAAGAAAUUGAAAAUUUAAGAACAAUGAUUCAUACGUUUGAAAAUUAUCCUAUUGAUACUUUUUGUACAACAUUAACUAAAUAUCAAAUGCUUGAAAAUGAACAAGAACAAGAACAAGAACAAGAACAAGAACAAGAACAAGAAAACAAAACAAAUCUUCAACAAUUAUUUUCUUCUGAAACAAUUAAUUCUAAACUUAAAACUCUUUGGCAUUCAUUUACAAAUCUUGAUAUUCGUGAUGAUUAUAUUGGUUUUCGUAAUAAUCCAAAGUUAAACAAAUUUCCAAAUCAUAUUCAACACACAAUACCUCGUAUUAGUUAA